AAAGGGGAAAGAGAGGAGUGAAUGUGCGAGUGUCAGUGAGACUGUGAGUGAGAUGGAAGGCAAGGUCGGAAUGGGUGGAGGAGGUUUCUCGGAGGCGGAGCUGGUGUCGAUCCCUGCGACGCCGAGGGGUGUCUCAACGCCUGAGACGGUGACGCCGUCGGGGCAGAGGUCUCCCCGGCCGGGGGCGGCAUCUCGGUCGUGGACGCCAUCGGGUUCGGUGAUGAUAUCUCCAAUGGUAGGAACACCGAUGAAGCGGGUGCUGGUGAACCUGAGGGGGUACCUGGAGGACAUGGGCCACCUCACCCGGCUCAACCCGCAGGAUGCUUGGCUUCCCAUCACUGAGUCCCGCAAUGGCAACGCCCACUACGCUGCCUUCCACAAUCUCAAUGCUGGAGUCGGUUUUCAAGCCCUUGUUCUUCCUGUUGCGUUCGCCUUCCUGGGCUGGAGCUGGGGCAUAUUUUCAUUGACUAUAGCCUACUUUUGGCAACUUUACACUCUCUGGAUACUAAUUAAGCUUCAUGAAGCUGUACCAGGAAAGAGGUACAAUAGAUACGUGGAGCUCGCACAAGCUGCCUUUGGUGAAAGAUUAGGCGUUUGGCUGGCUUUAUUCCCAACUGUUUAUCUCUCAGCAGGCACUGCAACUGCAUUGAUUCUUAUUGGAGGAGAAACAAUGAAGCUGUUUUUUCAGAUUGUGUGUGGUCCCCUGUGUUCAUCAAACCCCCUUUCAACUGUUGAAUGGUAUCUGGUGUUUACUUCGUUGUGUAUUGUUCUCUCUCAGCUUCCAAACCUUAAUUCAAUAGCAGGCCUUUCUCUCAUUGGAGCUGUGACUGCAAUUAUCUACGCUACGAUGGCCUGGGUUCUCUCUGUUAGCCAGACAAGGCCUCCUUCCAUCUCUUAUCAGCCACUUAAGUCCCCUUCUUUUACUGCAUCAAUCUUCUCAAUCUUGAAUGCACUUGGUAUAAUCGCGUUUGCAUUCCGAGGUCACAAUCUAGCACUAGAAAUCCAGGCGACAAUGCCAUCAACUUUUAAACAUCCUGCUCAUGUACCAAUGUGGCGAGGUGCUAAGGUGGCGUAUAUUCUUAUUGCCAUGUGCUUAUUCCCAGUUGCCAUUGGAGGAUUCUGGGCCUAUGGGAACCUUAUGCCUGCAGGAGGGAUGCUGAACGCCCUAUUUGCAUUUCACAGCCCUGAUAUUCCCAGGGGACUUCUGGCAACAACAUUCCUGCUGGUGGUGUUCAACUGUCUGAGCAGCUUUCAGAUAUAUUCAAUGCCAGUGUUUGACAGCUUUGAAGCAUUUUAUACCAGCCGAACAAAUAGGCCCUGCUCAAUCUGGGUGCGUUCUGGCUUCCGAGUAUUCUAUGGCUUCAUCUCAUUCCUAAUAGGGGUUGCACUUCCCUUCCUCUCCAGCCUUGCUGGUCUUUUAGGUGGCCUCACUCUCCCUGUCACCUUUGCCUACCCUUGCUUCAUGUGGGUUCUAAUUAAAAAGCCAUCUAGAUUUAGCUUCAAUUGGUACCUUAAUUGGAGCCUGGGGAUAAUGGGAAUAGCUUUCAGCUUAGCCUUUUCCCUCGGAGGUGUCUGGAGCAUGGUUAAUAGUGGCCUCAGGCUUAAAUUCUUUAAGCCUAACUAACUACUGUGGCUUCCUCUUAGUAUUAUUAUUAUUAUUAUUAUUAUUUUCUGUA